UCCUGUUUUCACCAGAGGCAUAGCGCGAAGGGGAAACUUCGACACUGGAAGGAACGAGAAUAAAUACUUAAUUACGGACGCACUGAACCGCGGCUGGGACAGACACUUCGGGAACCCGAGGCGGACCGGGCGACGAGAUAGUCAUUUUUACUUGAAGGAAGCUGCUUCUACUUGGGAGUGGCGGGAGAAGUGAGAAAACCACAUGGAAGACUCCCAGGAUUUAAAUGAACAAUCAGUAAAGAAAACGUGCACAGAAUCAGAUGUUUCAGAAUCUCAGAAUUCCAGGUCUAUGGAAAUGCAGGACCUAGCAAGUCCUCAUACUCUUGUUGGAGGUGGUGAUACUCCAGGUAGCUCCAAACUGGAAAAAUCUAAUCUCAGCAGCACAUCAGUUACUACAAAUGGGACAGGAGUGUCUCUUCUUGCAGUCAAAACAGAGCCCUUGAACAGCAGUGAAACCACAACCACGACUGGAGAUGGAGCGCUUGACACUUUUACUGGGUCAGUAAUUACAAGUAGUGGCUACAGCCCCAGAUCAGCACAUCAGUAUUCCCCACAGCUGUAUCCUUCCAAGCCCUAUCCACACAUUCUUUCUACACCAGCAGCUCAAACAAUGUCUGCCUAUGCAGGCCAGGCUCAGUAUUCGGGGAUGCAGCAGCCAGCCGUCUACACAGCCUACUCACAGACAGGACAGCCCUACAGCCUGCCCACAUACGAUUUGGGUGUGAUGUUGCCAGCCAUCAAGACAGAGAGUGGACUUUCCCAAACUCAGUCCCCAUUACAGAGUGGUUGCCUCAGUUACAGCCCAGGGUUCUCUACCCCACAGCCAGGACAGACACCUUAUUCUUACCAAAUGCCAGGUUCUAGUUUUGCACCAUCAUCUACUAUUUAUGCAAAUAAUUCAGUUUCCAAUUCAACGAAUUUCAGUGGUUCACAACAGGAUUAUCCAUCCUAUACAGCCUUUGGCCAAAACCAAUAUGCACAGUAUUAUUCAGCAUCAACGUAUGGAGCGUAUAUGACAUCAAAUAACACAGCCGAUGGCACACCCUCUUCGACCUCUACUUAUCAGUUGCAGGAAUCUCUCCCAGGACUGACUAACCAACCAGGUACAGAUCUUCACCCAGGAGAGUUCGAUACCAUGCAGAGUCCCUCCACACCCAUCAAAGAUCUUGAUGAGAGAACCUGUAGAAGUUCUGGGUCAAAGUCCAGAGGAAGAGGCCGGAAAAAUAAUCCUUCCCCGCCUCCUGAUAGUGACCUGGAGCGUGUGUUUGUCUGGGAUUUGGAUGAAACCAUCAUUGUUUUUCACUCACUGCUCACCGGGUCUUAUGCACAGAAGUAUGGCAAGGAUCCCCCCAUGGCUGUAACCCUUGGACUCCGCAUGGAAGAAAUGAUUUUUAAUCUUGCUGAUACUCAUUUGUUUUUUAAUGAUUUAGAGGAGUGUGAUCAAGUUCAUAUAGAUGAUGUUUCCUCUGAUGAUAAUGGGCAGGACUUAAGUACCUACAGUUUUGCAACUGAUGGCUUCCAUGCAGCUGCAAGUAGUGCAAACCUUUGUUUGCCAACAGGUGUAAGAGGAGGGGUUGACUGGAUGAGGAAGUUGGCUUUUCGUUACAGAAGAGUAAAAGAAUUAUAUAACACCUACAAGAACAACAUUGGAGGACUCCUUGGCCCUGCCAAGAGGGAUGCCUGGCUACAGUUGAGGGCAGAGAUUGAAGGUCUGACAGAUUCCUGGCUAACAAAUGCACUUAAGUCUUUAUCAAUUAUUAGCACUAGGAGUAACUGCGUAAAUGUCUUGGUAACGACAACCCAACUGAUCCCAGCACUUGCGAAGGUUCUACUCUAUAGUUUAGGAGGUGCUUUCCCCAUUGAGAAUAUUUACAGUGCAACUAAAAUAGGCAAGGAAAGCUGUUUUGAGCGUAUAGUGUCCAGAUUUGGCACUAACAUAACUUAUGUUGUGAUUGGAGAUGGCCGAGAUGAGGAGCAUGCCGCUAACCAGCACAACAUGCCCUUCUGGAGGAUAUCCAGUCACUCAGACCUCCUGGCUCUCCACCAAGCACUGGAAUUAGAGUAUUUGUAACUGUGUUCUUUAGCCAGAGAUCCAUUUUUUAUAUUUCAAGUACACUGAAUUUUUAUGUGUGAUUCAAUGCCUCUGGCUCUACACAUAUAAAUUGUCUUAAUGGAUGAAAUCAUAUUUGGAAUAAAAAUUCCAGAAUGAAGAAUUCAGAUUGCUGAAUGGAGUUAAACUUUAGUGCUACAGAAAAGAAACUCUAUGGUCUUAUAUUUACAACACUUUAAUGGGUUUUUAAAAAAUCUGUGGAGGUUGCUGGUACACACCAAAUGAGUCCAAACUGGAAUGAGCAGCUUUAGCAAAGAACUCUUACCCUGGCAAAGCAGCAACACACAUGCUCCGUCUGACAAGGUGGUCAACAACAUUCCUCAAAAUGGGAGAUCUUCUCAGCCCUGAGGUUUGAAUCUGACUUUAGCCUACCUAGCCCAGAAAAUCUGAAUUGGAAUGCACUCAGACUGUAUAAGGACAGUCCUAUUUAGACCUGUAAUUUGUGUAAAUUAUUGAUGAAAAUAAUUUACUGUGACUUUAGUAGCAGCUGACUUUCAAAGUGGAUGCAAUUUUUCUUUCAUUUCUUGGGGAGGGGAAUGGGAGGGGAAAUGGGAAUAUAAUAUUGUCUCUUUUUUAAGUUUGGCAAACAGAAUGUUCAUACUGAUGUGUUGUGCCUUAAAGACAAGACAGCAUUUGUGUGUUACAAUGUAACUUUGGUUAAAAUCUCUGUAGAUAAUGAAAAAAAAAAAAAAACCUUUGUGAUGAUUCUUAACAUGACCAAAUUUAAAAGUCAAGCUCUCAGAGCUUAAUUACCGCAUCAGCAAGAAACUGAGUAUUUUUUGCAAUAAGAAAACAACAAUAAUAAAGGAAAGCUUGUGUUUUAUUUGGGUUCUUAAUAAUUCCAAUAAUUGUAUGAGGCAACUAUUUGCGCAUCCAACCAUGAGCGGAAGGUUUGGGAAAGACUGUGGGACCUUUACUUAGAAAGUGAAAUGUACGUAGAAGUCUCAAGUACCCCUUCUACAGUUUUACUGGAGAAAACUAAGAGCCAUAUUCAUGACAACUUGCACAGUUUUGAGGUUGAGACUUUUGAUAUGUGUAAGUUGCAUAGAGGAGGAUAUUAUCAUGCAAAUCAUGAGCAAUUAUCACAUUAACUUUUUUAGAAUAUGCCAUGAACAUGGCAUAAAAUUCACAUUGAGUGCACAGGGCUUAAAAUAAAGCUAAGCAUGUUUAUUCCCAAUGCCAUUGCAAAAAUGAUAAUAUCAUCAGAAAUGGAAGGCAGAUCUCCCAGAUGAUGUUUAAUGAAAGCAAUGAGUCUAUGAAAAUUUUACCUAGAAUAUCAUCAUAAAUUAAAUUAGCAAGUGAGCUGAAUCUUGGCAGUGCUGCUGAAAUGACAACAGUAAAAUCAUACCCGGUUCUCUAUCUGAAUACUUCAAUGCAGGUUCUCCUCAUGACAGACUUGCAUAUAUUAGUUUCUGCCUGUAUUGUCACUGCGCAAUGGAUGGCAUUCAUUACAAGAAGAGCCCAUCAUCGUUGUGUUUGCAUGGUUUUUUUCCUUGUGUGUAGCCCAUGCUGGGAACAUGAUACAGGUUCUCCUCUUAUUUCCUAUGACAUGAUUUCCCUUGUGGAAAUUUAAGACUUUAAGAACUAGAGUAUUUUUAUGGUGUCUCCACCUGCAGUUCUGUGUUUAAAAUGUCAUAAUGUGGAUCCUGGAGUCAGGCUACUAGUCAGUGCCCUUAGCCAGAGGCUGGUUCAUGAGUUCAUCAACUGAGGCCUCUGUGGCUUCAAUAAAGUCUACAUUUUGCUCACAGAUCACAACAUUCACUGUGGAAAUAUGAUUUCAUUUCUUUAGGCUACAAACCUGUAUUUCUUUACUGAAUGCUAAGGCCAUGUUUGUACUGGGUGGAAAGAUACUGAGAUCCCAAUUUUGUACAAGAUUGUGAUUUCAUUAUCUAAACCUUAAACUUAAUCCUUUAAAUUUUGUAGCUUUUGGCUGCCUCUGCCCCAAGUACUAUUCCAGGCAAAUUAAAGUUGGAAUACUUUUAAUAAUAUGAAAAUAAUGAUAGUAAAUCUUAUACUUCUGUUGGCCCUUAGCUUGAAAAUAGCAGUUAAAAAAAUUUAAGUGUUGCCUUGAUUAUCAGUACUUAAUUAUGUUGUGCACUAAAACCUUAAAUAUUUAUUACUGUGAAUAAAAACAAAUUAUCUUUACUGUAUAGCUGGUUUCUUUAAAUGACAGAAUUGUGGCAUUACAUCUAAAUUUGUAAGUCUUUUCAUAUCAAACAAGCAAGGCUUUUUAUGCUGCUAAGUCUGCAGGUGCAGAAAGAAACACCCCUUGGAAGGGCAAAGAGAAGCUGGCUAGUUGCAUCACCCCGUGCAGUUUCUCACACACAUCUCUUUUUCUGAUUCUGUGUUCAGAAGAGUCUGCUGGCAUAAAACCUAAAUGCAAGGUUGACGGAGAACAGCUUGUCUGGCACAACAAUGGUGCAGGCCCACGAGCCAGCAUCACAGCUUGGCCAUGGGACGUUGAGUAUGCACGAACUAGAACUCUUCCCUUCCCACCUUAGGAACAGAAAAUCCUCUUCCUUUCUAAUCUGAAAAACAAAAACUGAACUAACGAACACAAAACCAACCCCUUGGCAGUUCCCACCUCCUACUGACAUAUGGAAUAUUGUGCCUUAUUGUAAAUCAUUUGAAAAAUGUUCUGUAACUAAAGUGGGUUUUCGGCUAUUAUGUAUACAGCUUGGUAUAUUACUAUGAAAGAUAACCACCUUGUGUUGCACCUUAAAAAUAUCAAGACCAUGUAAUUUCAGUAACAAAAUAGGUGGCCUGGCUACAGUAUUAUAGCAUACAAUUAGGACACUAUGCCCCUGCAAAAUUCUGUAAAUCAAAUUCAGAGGCAAAGACAUAUUUUAGAAUCAUACAGUUUGCACACAACAAGCAGGUAAUAACUGUCUAAAAAUGUUUUUUCUCCUUAGUCUGCAAUGAGCUAAGAUUCAAAAUAGUGUCAACAGCAUGCUCCUAUAUGAAGUUGUUUUUUUAAAGCACAUUUGUUUGUUUAUGACAAGCCUACAUUCUCAGUGAAUAUGGCAUUUAGUAUUUCUUUUGAAAACAAACUUAAGCAUCAUGAGCCAAAGUUGCAUUUUGACUCCCAACUACGGUAGCAUUAUGGACAUCUCACAAUGUCAAGGGUUUCUGUUAUGUAUUAGUAAAGUAUAGAUUAUCGGGGCCUACAUAAUUUAAAGAAAUGUAAAUUAAUAUUAAAAGCUUGUAAAAAUAUGUAUAUCUUUACUAUUUCUCAAUAAAUACCUUUGCAAUUGUUUUCAUUUCCUUCACCCUCCCAUGUUGUAGAGUUUUUGUGUGUUUAUUUAGCUUGGUUCUAAAUCAUGUGAAAUUUGUAUUUAGGUUUCUGGUCUUCAUAACUUUUCUUUUUUAUGCCUAAGUUGCAUAAUUUUCAGUUAAAGCAAAAUGAGAUGUAAUACAGUAAAACGUCACUAAUUAUGACUAAAAGUGGGCUGCUUUACUGAAAAGAUGUCAGUUGCAUAAUUUUUUAUACACAGGUAGCUACAUUCAAGUAAGUAUAAUGCAUAAUGUAGCCACAAUUCACUAAUGAUAAGGUAAUUAAAAUAUUUAGACCUAUUAGAAUAUUUAAAGCAAGUAUCGUUUAGGUGAAUAUGGGACAUAGUUUAUAAGUAUCUUCAAAGAGGAUAAAAAGGUAGUUUUCUGUAACAGAUUUAAUAGCUCCUUUAUUGUCUGGUGUAUAGUAUUUAUUUAUUUGUGAAUCUGUUGUUCACAUGUAAACCAAAUGCAAAUUUCGGAUCAACCUCUGCUCAUUCACAACCUUUAAAAAUGUUAGCCUCCAAAUUAAUGGUAUUUAAGUGGAGUUAUGUGGCAACAUUCUAGUAAGCCUUACACCAUCCAAAAAUCAAUACUGAUUUACAGGAAAACAAUGAAAAUGUUUAAGAUAAAUUUAAUAUGUAAACUUCUUUUGUUUUCUCUUGUAUCCAGUUGCCAUUGAAAUUGAAUUUAUGAGAAAGACUAAAUUAUACAUAUCAUAUCCCAGCUCCCCACUGAACUCCAAACAAAUGUAUCUUGUUUGCCUAUUUAUAUACCUGCUUGGAGGAAAGGAUCUCUCAAAUCAACAUGUCCAAAUCUGAGCUUGUGCUUCUGCGCCGGCCUCUUCUCACCUCUCCCAUGACUACCGCCCUGGCUGAAACCAGCAUCCUUUCUCACAUAGAUCAGUACAUCAGCUUCUAGCUUAGUCUCCCUUCUGUGGCCCUCACACCCUUUCACCAUCUCAUCACACUAGCCAGAACCAUACUGUGCAUCAGAGGAUAUCUCUCCUCUUCUUGGAAACCACCAGCUCGCUUGGCACAAACACCAGUGACCUUUGCAAUGGCCUGUAAGGCCCACAGGCAGCAUCCCUGGUGAGCUCUCCCUUCCUCUGUCUCACAACUCACUGCCAAACUGGCACCUCCGUGUUUGGCACAUACCCGCACCCACCCACCUGCUGCAGGCCUUUUGCACUCACCAUUCCUUCUACUUGAAAAGGUUUUCACCCAGAUCUUUGCAUCACCUAUGCCCUAGGUUUCUUCAGUUCUUAAAGAACACCUUUUUGCUGUAAAGGUCCUCCUCUCUGAAAUUGCACCUGCUUCCCAACACCUCUAGCAUUUUCCUUCUUUACUAAGAAAAAAUACUUAGUUUUUAGAUUAAUCCAACAUGAUACACAUUUAUUUUUUGUGUUGUUGAUUCAUCCAUUACAAUGUAUAAACUUCAAGAAAACACUUGCAUGAGCAUGAUCUAGAAUUGAAGAGAUUUAAAGUGGUAGAGGACCAUGUGUGAUGGCUCAUUCCUAUAAUCCCAGCACUUCGGGAGGCCGGUGGGAGGAUACUUGAGUUCAGGAGUUCAAGACCAGCCUGGGCAACAUAGAGAGACCCUGUCUCUCUCUCCCUCUCUCUCUUUUUAAUAGCCAGAUGUGAUAGUGCGUACCUGUAGUCCCAGCUACUCAUGGUGCCAAGACGGGAAGAUCGCGUGAGCCUGGGAGGUGGAGGCUGCAGCGAGCUGUGAUCACGCCACUGCACUCUAGCCUGGAAGACAGAGCAAGACUGUCUCAAAAAAAAAAAAAAAAAGAAAAAGAAAAGAAAUGAUCGAGCUAGAUUUGAAAGGGAAAAGGAGAGAAGAAAACAUACACAGGACCUGUGUAAGUUUUUAUACCUUAGCUGGAGUAUUUGCUGGCCUAAUAAUUUAUGAAAAUAAAGAGCAAGGAUGGCCAUAAGCAAAGAUGUAAUUGAAGAAAGGUUAUAUGUGACCUGAGAAUGAUCGUCUGGAUAAAAAACGUUUACAAUGAAUCAGUGAUUGCCUCCUUUAUACUCCCUUUUUUCCCUUUCAUAAAAGAAAAAGUAUGCAAUAUUAGUAGGCUUAAUUGACUUAAAUUACUUAAAGCCACACACACACAAACAUGUAAAAAUCAGAUCUCUCUGCAAACUGUGGUUCAUGAUUCUGAGUCCCUGAAACAAACAAACAAAAAAAAUUAAAGUGUCGGAUGUUGUUUAGUUAGCAAAAGAGAACCAUUUAUUUUUGGAUCCAGGGUCUUGCUUUGUUGCCCAUGCUGAAGUGCAGUGGCACCAUCAUAGCUCACUGUUACCUCGAACUCCUGGACUCAAGCAAUCCUCCUGCCUCAGACUCUGAAAGUGCUGAGAUUACAGGUGUGAGCCACUGUACCCAGACUAAUAACCAUUAUUUAACAUCUCUGCAUGGUUUUGUAUACUAUUUAAAAGUUAUUGGAUGUAAUUCUGGCAAAGUAUGCACGUGUUCUAAUACACAGGUCACUACGCAAAGCAGUCUACAUUUGACUGGGCCAGAGUCAAUUCUUGGGAUAUACUGCAAUCAACAAAGAUGCCCUCUCAGAGCCUCAAGGGGAAAAUGUUCAUUGUGCCCAAGUUCUGACUUUCAAUGGAAAUAGUAGCCAUUAUUCCUUAGCUU